AUGAUAAAUAAAAGUGUUUAUGGCGGUCUAUUCCAAGACCCUCCAUACAUAUCAACGGACCCUGAUCCUGCAAAAACGGAUCCAUAUGUUAAGCAGGAUUGCAUUCCAUCUCGGUACUUGGGCAAAUCGCUUUUACCAGGCCCACCGAAAGAUUACUUGUCAGAUAAAUUUCUAACCUUGGCAUCGACCGAACAGAGUGCCGAUAUCAUCGCUUCUAAUGAAAAACGGAUGCGAAGUCAGCCUGCCGGCCCUUCACCCAAGAAUAUCUCCGAUGCCGAGUUUCGCUACACGUCCUAUCCGAAAAAGAGCACGGGUCCUGGAAGCUACUACGGAUGUUUUCAAAACAAGCCGUAUGAGUAUCUAACCGAGCCAUGGGAUGACGGCAAAAAGAAGAAAAAAGCAGCACCCAAACCAGCCGAAAAUGUCGAUAAGAACAAACACCUUCCCAACAUCAAGGUUAAUCCAUCCAAGAAGGGUACCUAUGGCUAUCCUGGUUUGCUCCUCUCCAAGGAGAUAUUUAACGAGGGCUGGGAGGAAAGGCCCGAGGUGUCUGAAAAAAAGUCAUCCAGGAAGAGAGCACCUGAACCACAGAUGAUUGGUCCUGUGUUUCGUGUGCAAGGCGUCAGCCGAGCCUACCUUGAUGAGUUGCCCAACACCGGCGUCUCGGCGAUCUACAUGGAUUACCAACCAUCGACAAGUUCAAAGAAAAACAAAGCCGGCCAUAAGCACGGGGCAACCGACGUAAAGCUAUUAGUUCAGAAGCCUUUUAACUGGUCUUCGUACAAGCCAACCAUGGGGGGGUGUAUUAAUCCAUUUCCUAACAUUUGGAUCGAUCCAGCGACGCUGGCGGAGGGGAAGCAAAACAGGCGCCGGAGGGGUAUGAAUGAGCCCGGAGAGACAGAUAUGCAUCAGUUGAAAGGGUCGCCCAAAUGGAUCCCGAAUUCCUUCGGGAAAACCUCUGUCAUGUCAUCUUGUCUACGACGGUUCUACUAA